GCUUCGUUCGCCAUCAAAGUUUUUCUUUGUUUCUUCUUCUUCAGAAAAAAGCAAAAAUAAAAAAAUAAAAAAUACCAUUGUUUUCUCUCUCUGGCUCGCUCUCAUUCGGACAUGCCUGAGGCCGAGGUGGGUUUUGUGGUAAAUAGUGCGACAAUUUCGGGAUGUCUUCGGAGAGGCUCAUUGCUGACGGAACACCACACUCCGACGAAACAAUGCUACCGUCGUCUCACUCCUUCCGCCAAUGGGACGAGCCCACGUGGAUUUUCGACGAGUUGCCUCUCGCCACUAUUGUUUCGGUUUCUCGCCCCGACACCAGCGAUAUCAGCCCCAUACUCUUGUCCUACACCAUUGAGUUUCACUACAAACAGUUUAAGUGGCGCCUAGUGAAGAAAGCAUCACAGGUUCUAUACUUACAUUUCGCAUUGAAGAAACGUGCAUUUUUUGAGGAAAUCCACGAGAAACAAGAGCAGGUUAAAGAAUGGCUUCAUAGCUUAGGACUAGUAGAGCAGACAGCAGUUGUGCAAGAUGUUGAUGAACCCGACGAUGGAGCUGUUCCUUUUCUUAAUGAAGACGACGUCAAGAAAAGAAAUGUCCCAUCCAUUGCUGCUUUGCCCAUCAUUCGUCCGGCACUAGGAGGACAGCAGGCCAUUUCAGACAGAGCAAAGGCAGCAAUGCAGGGCUAUUUGAACCAUUUUUUGGGAAACUUGGACAUUGUCAAUUCUAAAGAGGUAUGCAAGUUUUUGGAGGUCUCCAAGUUGUCAUUUCUAAAGGAGUAUGGUUCAAAGUUGAAAGAAGGUUACGUGGCUGUGAAGCAUCUAUCAAAUAUCCAAAGGAGUGAUUCUGGUAUUGGGUGUUAUAUAUGCCCUUGGUUCGAUUGCUGUAAUAAUAAUUGGCAGAAGGUCUGGGCUGUUUUAAAACCUGGGUUUUUGGCAUUGCUGAAUGAUCCUUUUGACACUGAACUUUUGGACAUUAUAAUUUUCAAAGUACUGCCAGUACCAGAUGGAAAAGGAGACUCUGAACUGAAUUUAGCAGAUCAAAUAAAAGAACGCAACCCUUUACGUUAUACAUUCCAGGUUAGUUGUGGAAAUCAAAGCAUAAGGUUCAGAACCACAAGCAAUGCUAAAGUUAGUGAAUGGGUUACUGCAAUUAACGAAGCUGGUUUGAAGCCUCCUGAAGGCUGGUGUCAUCCUCACCGCUAUGGUUCUUUUGCUUCUCAAAGGGGCUUGACUGAAGAUGGAAGUCAAGCUCAAUGGUUUAUAGAUGGACAAGCAGCCUUUGAAGCAAUUGCUUCUGCCAUAGAGAAUGCAAAAUCAGAGAUUUUUAUGACUGGCUGGUGGGUUUGCCCAGAGCUGUAUUUAAGACGUCCUUUUGAUAACCAUCUUAACUCUCGGCUUGAUGCAUUAUUAGAAGCAAAAUCUAAGAAAGGGGUUCAGAUAUACAUUCUUCUUUACAAGGAGGUUUCACUUGCUUUAAAAAUUAACAGUGGAUACAGUAAGAGAAGCCUCUUAAAUAUUCACGAAAAUGUUAGAGUACUUCGCUAUCCUGACCACUUUUCCACCGGUGUUUAUUUAUGGUCACACCAUGAGAAACUUGUAAUUGUUGAUCACCAGAUGUGCUUCAUUGGAGGAUUAGACUUAUGCUUUGGCCGUUAUGACACAACUGAACACAAAGUUGGUGAUUGCCCUCCUCUUAUGUGGCCAGGAAAGGACUAUUACAAUCCAAGAGAAUCUGAACCAAAUUCUUGGGAAGACACUAUGAAAGAUGAGCUGCAACGUGAAAAAUAUCCCCGUAUGCCAUGGCAUGAUGUCCAUUGUGCUCUUUGGGGGCCAGCCUGCCGUGAUAUCGCUAGGCACUUCGUUCAACGAUGGAACCAUGCUAAGAGAAACAAGGCUCCGAAUGAACAAACAAUACCACUGCUUAUGCCCCACAACCACAUGGUCCUCCCUCAUUAUAUGGGAAAAAGCAGAGAGAUAGACAUUGAGAAUAAUAACAGUGAAAAUCAGACUGACAUCAGCAGACAAAAUUCUUUUUCCUCACAGUCACCGUUGCAAGAUAUCCCUUUGCUUUUACCUCAAGAAGCCGAUGGUUUAGCUGUUCCUAAUUUAGAUCAAGAGAAUAGUCUGCAAGCGAAUCAUAAUCUUCUUGAUCAUCCAAAUGGGACUAAGGUCGAAGCUUUAGUUCCAGAUGAACAGAUAAAUGGUUCAGUGGGAGAUCUUGAUUUUACAGACCAUCAAAGAAAUAUAAAUCUCAACAUGGAGGAAGAUUCUAGCAUGACAGUUUCAGAUGAGUGGUGGGAACAUCAAGAGGAAAGCUAUCAUAAUGCUGCUGUUCAUGAUUGUGGGGAAGUUGGUCCACGUAUUGCAUGUCAUUGUCAGGUUGUCAGAAGUGUCAGCCAGUGGUCUGCUGGUACAAGUCAAACAGAAGAAAGCAUUCACAAGGCUUAUUGUUCACUAAUUGAGAAAGCAGAACAUUUUGUUUAUAUUGAGAAUCAAUUUUUCAUAUCAGGUCUUUCUGGAGACGAGAUCAUACAGAAUCGGGUACUGGAAGCAUUGUACAGGCGUAUCCUUCAAGCACACAAAGAGCAAAAGCUCUUCAGGGUUAUAAUUGUCAUACCACUCUUACCUGGAUUUCAGGGGGGUGUUGAUGACAGUGGUGCUGCAACUGUUAGAGCCUUAAUGCGUUGGCAAUAUAGAACAAUUAGCUGGGAGAAAACCUCAAUAUUGUAUAAUCUCAGUGUUUUGCUUGGUCCUAAAACACAUGAUUAUAUUUCUUUCUAUGGUCUAAGAUCACAUGGUAGACUCUUCGAAGGUGGCCCCGUGGCGACAAGUCAGGUUUAUGUUCACAGCAAACUGAUUAUAAUAGAUGAUCGUGCUGCCUUGAUUGGAUCUUCCAAUAUCAAUGAUAGAAGUUUGCUUGGGUCCAGAGACUCUGAGAUUGGGGUAUUAAUUGAGGAUAAGGAGUUUGUUGAAUCAUCUAUGAAUGGACAGCCAUGGAAGGCUGGGAAAUUUGCUUAUAGUCUUAGGCGUUCACUGUGGUCUGAGCACCUUGGUCUUUACGCAGGAGAGAAAAGUGAAAUCAGUGAUCCCGUAUCAGACAAGACAUACAAAGAGUUGUGGGUAGCAACUGCAAAGAAGAAUUCCAAGAUUUAUCAUGAAGUUUUUUCUUGCAUUCCCAAUGAUGGUGUACACUCGAGAGCUGCUCUGAGACAAUGCAUGGCUUAUUGGAAAGAGAAACUAGGCCACACAACAAUUGAUUUAGGAAUUGCCCCAGAGAAGCUACAUUCUCAUGACAAUGGAAAAGUAAAAGUAAUAGAUCCACUGGAAAAAUUGAACUCUGUAAAAGGACAUCUUGUUUCCUUCCCUUUAGAGUUCAUGUGUAAAGAAGAUUUGAGACCAGUUUUCAAUGAGAGUGAAUUUUAUGCCUCUCCUCAAGUAUUUCAUUAAAGAAUUAUCUCGUGCAUUGAGGAACAGAAGAUCAUACACAUACAAAAAAAGGUGGGACCAGUUGUUUGUGUUACAAUUGUACAUAAAAAUUCCACAAAACAAUUUUGGGAGAUCAGCAAUACGGGAAUCACUAACAAAUACUAACAGCCUACCAAUAUAUAGAGAUAUGUGAUAGGCAAAAUUAUUUUUGCCACAUUGGCCUUGAUAUGCUCUCUGUAUAGGGCUAGUCUCUAGUUGCGCAGAGUAUGUACAAUUUUCUCAUGGUAAAUUAUGUAAGUGCAUUUUUUUCAUUUUUUUAUUUAAUAAUAGUCGAAAUCU